AUGUGGGAUGAUGUACAACUGCACUUGGUCAAGGAUUGCCCCGAUGGAUGUCGCUUUUUCCACGGCACAUCUCUUGCAGGGAUCUUCGAUGCGAACAACCAGGUUUCAAUCGAUUCUCCCUCUCGAGUUCCCUCCCAGGUCCAAGUUGCGGCGAUGUUUCGCAUGGAGGUGUCGUGUGACAACGAAGACCAAAACAUCACAAAGCCGGGUAUGGCUGGUGAUUUCCAAGCCCAUGGCGGAGAAUCACCAAUGAGGUCCGAUCCGAAGGUGGUAUAUAUGAUCCUCAUUGGAGGAUGGGAAUCCAUUAAGAGUGGUGUUACUCUGAAGGCAACCAUGAGUGACCUCGAUGUUGUUGGGCAAAGGGAAAAGAGACAGUCCCGAGCAACCGCCGGCCCAGGAAAUGAGUGA